AACGCUUUUCUGGUGACCUGCAUCACGUCUCGUUCGGUGAGUAAACAUAUAUCCGUCGAGACAGUGUUUAAUACGUAUAAAAAACACCGAUGAGCUAUGCUGUGCAAGAGCCAUUGUCACGGCGAAAGCUAGAAUAGAUAAACACGAAAAAUGGGAGAGUAUACGUAAGGGUUCCAGCAUACAAGGAUUACUGGCCGCAUAACUACACAGUGAUGCCAGCGUGUCAAGAGAAGCCUGUGGAAUUGAGGAAGUCAAGAAGUUCCAGGCCGUGUUAACAAAUUACCAACUGUACGUGAUUUCAAAAACCAUUCCAAUGGUAAAAUUUACAAGGGACCUGACUCGGACAACAAGAUAUUCUUGUAUCACCAUGACCAACAUUAUGACAUCAUCACGAGUAUGCCAGCAUUUCUAGGAAGGAGCUAUUUUUGUACAGAAUGUCAAAAAGGAUACGAUCACAAGGAGAAACAUAAAUGUAACAAUGUGUGUCAUUCCUGUUAUAAAAUACACGAGUCUAGCAAGGAUGACUGGAUUCACUGCGCUUACUGUAAUCGAUUUUUUAAGGGACAAGAGUGUUAUACUUUACACAAAAAUCAAACUGCCAAGGGAAAUUUGACCUGCAAAACCUACCAUCGCUGUGUACAUUGUUCUAAACUAUUAACAGAUCCAUGUGUAAAGGAAAACAUAAAUGCGGUGGAAAAUACUGUGGCACAUGUAAAGACUGUUGAAAAGGAACAUCAGUGUUAUAUGAAGCCAGAAGAGAAAAUUGAAGAAUCAGAUGAACAAGAAGAAGACAAUAAACAAACAUAUAUAUUUUUCGAUUUUGAGUGUACCCAAGAAGACAUUGUGGAAUGCGAAAGCGGUUUUAAAAUUGGGGAAAACGGUAAAAUCUGUAGUACCUUUGACGAUGCAAAUAACACCACGGCUAUGCAGAGAAUCAAUGUUGGUGGACAUGAUGUCACGGAAACUCUGGCACGAACUGUGGAUGCGAGAUGUGGAACCUCAUAUUCAUCUUCGUUGAGACGCCUGUUACAAAUGGAAUACUUGAAAGAGAGAGUUUGCAUAUAUGGAGAGAGUACACAACACACGCUACCUGAUGGCACAGCUGUAGAGGUGGACGAAGAAAUAAGAAAUAUUUGUGCAAUGUCACAUUAUCAUUGCCAAGGUAUAAAAUCAAUUCUAUAUGACGUCAUCAGCGCGUGUGACCAUGGCGUUCGACCAGAACUGUUAAAAAAUGUCAUCGUUUCCGGUGGAGCAAGCAUGCCACUCGGUGUUGUCGAUACAAUAACAUCAUCGCUACGACGAAGCGUCACUUCUGGCACCGGCAUUACUGUUGUAGCGCCACCGGAACGCAAGAAAUCCACUUGGCUUGGUGGCUCAGUCCUAGCUAGUUUGAGUACUUUUCCAGAGUUUUGUAAAUCAAGACGAGAUUACCAGGAACAUGGUGUUUCUUACUUUGACAGUUUUUGUGAUGGAGAAAUAUUGGACAAACAUGUUGAUACAUAACACGAUUACAUGUUUAUUUUCAGAUUCAAUCUGGACAUUUUAUGUGUUUUACCUGUGUAUACUGAUAAUUUACUUGCCUUUAUUAUUAUGACUAGUGAAUUUUUAUACCGCGGCACAGAGAAAAACUCUCAUGCAUUUUAAUGGUUAAGAAAACGCAUGAGUUACAGCUAAUUGUUAAGGUUUUGCAUUCGAAUUGCAUGUACUUAUAUGUAGUGGUGAAACGAUUAUCGAGUACAAUCGAUAAACCGGCGCUGACAAUGUCAUGUUGGCGAAAAUCGAAAGUGGUUGUGUAAAAUCGAUGUCGCUCGUGUAUAACUUCCUGUAUUUAGACGCGGCGUCUAUAGGGAUACAUGUUUGUAAUAGUCAAUGGGGAAGUGUAUACGGAUAAAUUUUAAUUAUGAAAAAAAUAUUUGUUAAUGAUAUCAACUCUUAUUCAACUUUACUUAAAAUUUGUUUUGACGCGUGUAAAACUUCCAAAACGUCAUAUAAAAUGAAUAAGCCUAAUGUUUAAAAAAGGAAAUUAAACAAAGUUAUUCUUUGUGUUUUUGUAUUGAGUGGUCGCCGGUCAUACGAGUUCGUUAUUUUAGAAAUUUACUUUCUGUGAAAACGAUUUAUAUACACGCUGUGGUAGUAAAUAAGCAUGUGAGAAUUUACUGGCAUAUUGUGGAUAAUAGUUCAAAUUAUGCAUUCGAUAACAAAUAUAAGUGCCUUAACACGACAUUAAUUGACUUUUUUAAAUUUAAGUGAUAUAAAAUGGAAGUACAAAGCUAAUUCUCACGAUUUUACUAACAAAUAUAAGUCGCAAUAACGAAAUUAACACAAAUUAAAUUUAACUGAUAUAAAAUGAAAGUUCAAAGCGGUAUUCACACGAUUUAAAACAAACAUUAAUGAAUAAAAGUAGGCCGAAAAGGAUCAGCCCGAAAUGAUACCCGACACCAAUAAUUUUAUCGGUGAUAAUGCAAGGUACCAGUCUAAAUAAUUUACCCAUGCCGGAGACGACCGAGUAACUACGAUCUAGAAAGUUGAUUAAACCGUCAUAGUUCGGCUAUGUCCGUGUUACUUAGAAUGUUAACAAUUGUUGGCGCCGCACUGAAGUGCGCGCCUAUUAUGGAAUGGGAUUUUUUUUUAGUUAGUGGUAGUAGCGGUUUUUAAGUUGGUUUACAGUUGGGUUUUACUAUUAUUUUAUAAUGAUUAAAAAAUGCAAAUGGGUGGCGAUUGCAUGAGUGUUAAAAAUGCUUUUUAUGGUUGAAUAGAUAGUCUUCAAUUUUCCUUCAAAGCAUUAUUUCGGAAGAACGACAAAUAAGUUUAAUAACUGUUCCCGAUUCGUUUAUGUUUUCCGAUUGGUUAUCUGAAAUAUCAUGUGCCGGAAAUGUAAAAUGUGUGGACCGGUAAUUAUGUGAAUGGGAAUAAUUAUGUUUUAUGUUGUUUUGUUAUGUUUACUGCAUUGAAAAACCAUGAGGUAAUCUUUUUUCUUUAAUCUAAUCAAUAUUGGAAUUAAAUGUUCACCUAACUUUAUUUGUUAAUGUGUUGAAGGUGACAUUAGUUAAAUUUUAUUACGAUUGUCCCCGAGUUGUAACACAUACCGGAUGUUGCUAUUUUUAGAACCAGAAGGUAUUUCCCCGCUAUUCAUAGGUCAAUAAUGGAAUUUUUACAUCGUAGUAGUUGGAAACUCGGGUGAUGAUUUUAUCAUGAAUAUACGUUUAAAAUAAGUAAACACUAAAAGUGCACACUGACAGUUGAUUACGAUACACCUAACAAUUUGAGUCAUUACAGUAAAACAUGGAUUAUAAGUGAAUUAUACGCGUAAGACAAGAUUUUCUGUCGAAAAAGCGAAUGUCAACAAUCGGCAUGGAACUGGGAUAUUCGUAUCAAAGGGCUAUGUAUGUAAGUAUCUUUGAGUAGUUUUGUACGUUGAUGUGUUCAAAAAUGUUUGUUUUUUAAUUUAUCUUUGGAAUUCUGAAAUCAUUUUUAUUUGCUAAAUGUUAAGACAGCGUGUUAAUAUUUUUACAUACAUGUACUAUAAUUAUAUAUUAUUAUAAAUAUACAUGCUACAUCUACUUAUGCACCAGUCAAUUGUAACCACGCCCCCCCCCCCCCCCAGGUCAGGGGAAUAGCCGGGACUUUGACUUUCGGUCCAGCCAACCCCAGGUAAAAUCCUCGUCCUGCAAGGUCGAACUGAUGGUCAAAUCCCUGCCAUAUGCCCCCGCACCCCAGGGAGCCUAGGUAAGGCAUAUUCCCCGCUAUAUUUUGCUCGAAGACAAAACCACCGCAUUCACACGGCACUGCAGGGCCACCUGAAAGGUAAAACACAGCCCGUUUCCCUGGCUAUCCCCGGCAUAACCCCGGACCUGGGGGCCAUGGUUACAAUUGACUGGUGCAUUAUGUACAUGUUUCAUAUUUUUAAAUGUACUUAUGCACAUUAUUUAUGUAUAUGAUAUGAGUAUGUAAUCUUUUAUUUGAUUGUUUUAUCUUAGAAAAAUAUUAGACUUAGAAUUUUGUUUAAAAAUGAUGUGUUUUGGUAUGUAACCUAUUUUUAACAUACCAUAAUACAUUAACAUACCCAUUAUUUGUUUACAAACUGCACAUUUUCAAAAUAAACCUGUAAGAAAAGACGUACAUGGUUUCGGGCUGGAAGCCACGACAGCUUUGACACUAGCGACAUUCAUUUGCUUGGUGUAGGUCUCGUUAAAACCCCGUACUGUUGUGAAUCAUUAUCAACCAUAUGCACAACAACUACACAUUUGUGCCUACCAACCCUUACUCUUGGCUAAAACAGAUAUUGGUGCAGAAUGUAUAAUUGAUACAUGUGCAUUUGUCUUUCACAGUUGUAGUUUCUGCCGGUUGAUAAUCAGAAGUCUAAUUUCUUUCAGGUAGGAAAAUGACUGAAUAUUACUAAGUCAACAAAUUGGGGUUAUGAAGAAUUCCAGCCUGCAUUAAAUACUAUGUUGGAUCAUUGAGACAGAUUUGACAUCCAUGUCAUCCACAAGGCAGUCACAUCUGAUAGAGAUGAUCACUAAACAUUCUAGAUGGGUAAAGACCUGAAGGGGCAUAAAAACCAAAUCAGCAUUGAUUCAGCAUUGAGUAAUUAUCAUCUGUGCACACAUUACAAGUACAAACGCAUGGGAAUAGACCAAACUUCAAAUGUUGAAAAGUGAAGACUUAUUGUGAAAAAUUCUAAAUGUAAGAAUACCAUUGACAAAAUAAAACAAAUAGACAUCGAUUACCUACAGAGACUGUUUACAUGUUAUAAUAUUAAAAAGACAAAUUAGUUGAGAACUUUCACUCUGACAUUUUUGGGGGGGCAUUACCGCCUACAUGUACAUAGUGUUCUUGUUUCUUUACAUAUUUUAAUUUGAAUGUACAUUCAUUGUUUUUGUUAGUAUCAUACGUAAAAUUAAUUUAUUUAAAUGAUUACAUUUUAUGAAUAAGUCCAAUAAAGCUUUAUCAAUUUUUACAAGAGAAGGGUUGAUUUUUAAGCAUUUUAUUAGCUAUAAAAAUGUAUGGUUACAUUACAAUAUGUAUAUUUUCUUUAAAAUUGAACGGUAAACUAUCAUAAAUUGUCUUUUAAAUUGUUCAUUAGACAUCAUAGAAAAAUAUUUAAAGAGAUUUCAGCAGGUUGUCUUAUUAUUGAUUAUUUUUUAAGAAUUUAUAAAACUGCUUUAUAUUUUCAAACAUUGAAAUACUGCUCUGUUCAGAAGACUCACAAGAUCAAUCAAAAUGAUUUUUUGCAUGUGUAUAAAUAAUGCUGUUCGGUUGAACUUAUGUUUUCUGUUAACUGAAGUUUAUUUCACCAGAAACUGUUGUGUUUAUUUCAUAAGCUCUGAUAAUGUGAAACAAGAUUCAAAUAUAGACAAAAUAUUUACUUAUCGCUCUUUGUAGCCCUUGGAGUUUGGGGUUGGGUGUAAUGAAAAUUAAAUAACUUUUUUAAUUCACGGUAAAAUAUCAAAAUUUGGAUAAAAGUCCCAUAGUGUACAUUGAUAAUAACUAUGUUGUCGGUGAAAGCUUUUAUUAAAGUGUGUAUUACUUAAAUACCUUAAUUCAAUUUAAA